AUGGGCAAUGCUUUUUAUAUUGCAGAAGAUGAUAACAGCUACGAAGAGGAAGAGGAAGAGGAAGAAGAAAGUGGAAGCAAUGAAGGCGAGGAUUUCGAUAUCAGGGACUUUGUAGUCGCAGACGAAGAAAGGAGAGGCAACGAAGACGGCGAGGAGGAGGACUUUACAAUGGAUACAGCCUCCUCCAGGAAAACUGAAGAAGAAGAGGAUCCAGAAAAGCUGGAGGAAAAGCUGAAAAAGCUCGAGGAAGUUUUCUCCUGCGUACCGAGGGUUCUCAUUAAAAGAGUUCUUUGCCGCGAUGAUGUUAACGGAGACCUGAACUUGGCAAGUCAGAGAUUACAGGAAUUUCAGGACAUGGAAAAUCCACACGACCUUUUCAAAACCCCCACGAGCAAUCCGCCCACUGCUUGGGGUCCCCCGCCUGCACAGGCAGAAUCAGAAAACAAGGCGAAUGAAAAAUGUGAAUCACAGGGCUCUCAGAAAAAAAGAAGGAGAAGGGGAGGUAGAAGAAAGAAGAACAAUGAAAAUCAAAACAAAACACAGGAAGAACAAGGAGAAAGGACACUGAGAAAUAGUUUCGACAGUUAUGAACCAAACGUAACGCGUGGGAACGAUCGUGGUAUAAGACAAGGAGGCCGAGUGUUUGGAGGAAGGCCAAGGGGAGGAUUUAGACCCAGAGGAGGGUUCUUCCAGGCACAUGAAGAUUUCCAAGAAUACAAAGACGAUUUUCCCCAUGGAUUUCCAGUGGGUGACAACAUGUUUCAGAGCCAGAGGGGACGUGGUAACUGGAGAGGACGAUGGAAUCAACCAAAACCCCAACCCAAACCAAAGGGUCGUGGCCGCAGAGGACGCGGUGAAAACUUUUUUGAAGGCGAUUCAGUUUUCCAAGGCCAACCGCAAGUCUCUCAAAGGGGGCGAGGAAGAGGUCAGUUUAGACGCGGACAAGGAGGCGGCGGCCAAGGUCCAGACUGGAGACGUGAACGUUCAUUUUCCCUUGCAGGUGAAAUAUACAAUGACGAGCUUGACUUUUCUGGUAGAGAGGGAAUUUAUCCAACUAGACGUGACCAGGGGAAUAGGGGGAGGUCUGGACCCAAUAAUAGAGGACGUGGCCAGUUAGGAUUAAGACGAGCCCAGAGCCUUUCUAGUGGAAUGGAUGUUCAAGAUUCUCAUACAAACUACAAUACAGGAGGAGACGCAAAGUUUGAGCCAAAGAAACUGCUUAUUUGCGGGCUGAGUCAGUCGACGACACAAGACGGAGUUUUGAACUUUAUUGAGGCGAUGAGUGGUGAAGAGGUGGAGACAGUAGAGAUGAGUAAAGGCAAAGCUCUGGUUACAAUGACUGAGGAUAUAACAAGUAAGUCCUCAAAUAAGCCGUUUUCAGUUACGUGCCAAAAAGUAAUUCAUUAGCAAGGUCAGGUAUGCAAUAAGCUGCUCAAGUUAAGUAAAUUCAAGCAACCGUGACUUAUCCUAUUUUGCUUCAAGACUUGAUUGGCCAUGGCUAGUUCGACCAUCAGGUCGUUCUGUGACGAACGGCCCCGCACUCAGCCAAGAACCAUGUCCUCUACUGUGUACGAAACUCUCACGCAGAGUUCUAAUUAUGCCACUUACCUAUCGAAAGCAAUAACAGUGGCUACAUCACAGGUCACUGACAGGUACUGUCCGAUAUGGAGAAAGAAGUCGUCGACAACAUUGGCAGUUUCCGCCGUUAUGCCUACAAAGCUGACUGGGGUUCAACUUUUCCGGCAUGCCGGCGGCAAAUACCUGCGAUGGUCCUUGCUACCGGCGGCGCAGUAGUCCCUUUCGUAUAUGGUCGCUGCCAUUUUUAAGACACCGAAAAAAUGUUUGACCUAUUAUUGAAAGCGUUUCAAUAAAAAAAAGGAAGGUCGCAACCCAGGGUCCAACCUCGAAACCAGACUUUUCGUAUCCUAAUCUCUCUCCCUUACCACUACGCUACCACACCGACCCGCAAAAAUUCAAAAAAAUUUAAGUACAUACACUAGUAAACUGUCUUUCGUACCUGUUACAUCAGUUACAGAUGACCAUAAUUUUUAACGUAAAUUAAACUUGGGCUUCAACUUCGUUCUUUCUAAGACUAUUCAAAAACGUAUUAUUUGCCUAAUUAUUGUAACUUGUCAUUAUUGUAAACUAAAGGUUUGGUUACCAAUGGUGGCAUGGACCGUUAAAAAUGGCAACGACCGUUUACGAAAGGGAAAUAGGCGCCGGCGGUGUAGGUGUCAGAAUAUGUAUCAAAGGCAGUAAUGGGGGCUAUCAGGUAGCAGGUAGGUUGGCGGUGCGGAAUAAUGAGAACCAGACUUUCGUGACAGAAACAGAUCCAACGGUCUCGGAUUUCCAUGGAUCGAGGCAAAUUAUGUGAAAAAAUCAGAAAUAUAACAUCAAUAACUUAUUAGAGCUAAAGGGGUCUUCGACAAAGUCAACGGUCCUGCAACGUUUUGGUCCUUUCACUGUCAAAUUUGGUAAGAACCAAUUACAACCCUCAGAAUCUCUUGUUCCAAUAUUUCUUUUCGUGAAUAAAAGACAAGUGCAUGGUGCUUUUGACGUCUUUGCUGGGACUGUAUCGUCCAGUAUAGAAGACCAGGCAGAAAGUUGAACUUGCAGUUCUUCGGGCGUAGCUGGUUAAAAAUUGCGAGGCCCAUUUUCACCCGUAAAAACAGCCAAAGUUACCAGUGAUUUAGUGGUGUAGUGAGACCUCCUGCAGUUAAGACAAAUUUUUACUGUAGCUGAGUGAUUCAUUUACUCGCAUUUAUGACCCUGGACUAUUUUCUAUGCGGUAUGGGUGACUCAGCAACGACGCUAAACUCAUGAUCAGAGUAAUAUUUUAAGUGGUGUAUCAUCAGAGGGCACAAUUGGAUGAUCCUUGAAAACCCAACUCUUGGAUAUAUUUAACAAUUAAUGAAUGAGGCUGAGUAUCUUAUGAAGAAUUAUGGAGAUCGAGGAGGGUGUUAUCCGUCGAGGCCGUAGGCCGAGGCGGAUAACACCCUCCGAGAUCUCCGUAAUUCUUCAUAUGAUACGAAAGCCGAAUUCAAUAACUGUUGUAUUAUUCAUUCAAAAUAAUUCCUAGUUUAAAAACAUAGCUAAAACAAGCUUACCUGCAUCGAUGUUAAGUUUAUCUUCGAUAGUUUACGUUUAGGUUUUUCCAGCUCGGCAUAUAUUCUCCAAAUAGCAGAUAUCGCCCUCCGAGUUGUCUUCUUGCUGUUUUUGCUAUGUUUUUAGCCAUUAUUUCGCCUAGUUCCAGCUGUAGUUCUUACUCUUGAAACGAGUGAAGUGUCAGCCAUUUUAGUUUUUACAACGAAAACAACUCAAUCUCGCCCCCAAUCUUCUCGGUUAACGGUGCAUUAACCUGUAGAAGGCUGCACUUUUGACGUCAUUUCCUCGUUAAACACAAAAUUCUUCCAAAUUUGGUCAUCAGUAACUGGUUAUGGUGAAUUAAACGUGUGCUUUUAGCCAAUCAGAAUUGGGGAAAUAUUUUGAAUGAAUAAUAAUUACUAUUAUAAAAUCACUAAGAUAGUACGCGUGUUCUUGUUGGUUAAAAACCUAUGGUUUAUUGUGCCGGUAAACUUAUAGAAAACAAAAACAUGCUUCAAAGUUAUUUAAUAAAAGCAUUAGACCACACUUUCUAUGGGUGUACAGGCGUGUUAACCCACCUGGGAUGUUGGGAGAACACAAGAAAAGCUUCGCUCGUGUUAGUGUAAUUAAAGCAGAUUUUUCUUACCUUUUAUUCAUUAGAUUUUCGUAAAAUCAAAGAGAAGGGUGAAAAGAGGGAAAUGGACUACGCUCGGGUCACAAUCCAACAAGUUCCUGUGUGCAGGAGCAUUCUCGUCAGCAGCAUUUCAGAGGACACCACCCAAGAUGCCAUUGAGCUGUUCUUUGAAAGUCCAAGGAACAAUGGUGGUCCUGUGGAGACAGUGAGGUUUAAACCUGAAAGUGGUCGAGCUGUGGUAGUGUUUCAGAAUUCAACAGGUCAGAAUUCAACCGCCCCAUUAAUGCUCGUUGUCCCUUUUUGGUUAAAAUGGAGAAAACUACUACUUACAGUGUGUCCUUCUGCUUUCUGGUAAAUGCAUGCCGAACCAGUUUUGAUAUUCUUAUGACACAAGUUAAUAUGCGCAAAUACGCACAAAAAAAACUUGGCCGGAGAGCGCCUCAUUUCUGGAAUUUUUAGCUAAGUACAAAAAAAACUUUCUUUGCUUUUUGCAAUCCAGUUUUCGAGGGAGUCAUUGUUUAAUCUUUGACCUUUUCAUUAACAGAUAUGGAAAGAGUCUUAGCUAGACAGAGUGAAAGGCCAUUUGUCUUAAAUAAAGCUGAACUCACCGUCAGAGUCUUUAACGAUUUACUGGAGAAUGACGAUGACGCUGCAUUUGACGUUUUGGUUGAAAAGCAAAAGCAUACAGAGGACAGCCAUAGCACAUCAGCGAGCCAGCGGUCUGAGGCGAAAGCACAGGAGCUUCACAUGGCUGUGGACCCGGAUGUGAUGGAAUAUUUCACAAGUACGUCACUUCAUGACCAAGUUAAAAUGGCGUUGGCUACGAAGACGUGUGAAAUUAAUUGGAAGGUAAACAACAAAACAGCCGUUCUAUUGUACCGCGGACAAGAUAAAAGUGAUUUGUGGCAGUCGGAAUGUAUUGAGGAGGUACAAACGUGGCUUGCGAAAUUUACAAAGCAAGAUGUUCAAGUGAACCAGGAUUUCUGGGAAGCCGUGAAAGCUCAGUUACCAGACAUUCGCACCUGUUUCGGUGUGGAGCCUCCGCUGGUUAAAAUUAUCCAUGAUUCUUUCGUGGUAAGAAUUGUUUCCCUGAGUUCGGAUGCAGAAGAUCUGAAAAAGAAAUUAAAAGCAAAGUUAGAGGACAUAUACCGGAAGGAAACCAGAAAAAUGUAUUUGAAGAAAACGGAGGUAGUUCCUGUAGAACAUUUAAUUUUGUUAAAAAAGAUCCGCUUUGUGGAAAAACUUCAAGAAAAAAACAAAGAACUGGAGAUAAAAAUAGACACUGAAGCAGAGGAAAUCUAUUUUGAAGGCCCACAACCACAGUUCCUGGAAGCAACCAUGAAAUUUCACAAACAAUAUUCGGGCAUGGUUGAAAAGAAAUUAAGCCUUUCAAAAAACAUUUUGGAAAUUUUGUCUUUAGAUGAAGGGCUGGAGAAAGUCAAAUGUGAAUUGGAGAAAAACAACGUAGAGGCUGUUUUCGUGAUCGAUAGCGAGGCUCGGAUCAUAGGCACGUCAGCAGCGCAUGCAGACAAGGCUGCCAGUCUUGUUAGUAAGAUGACAUCAGAAGAAAAAGUUCGAGUGGAUGCAAACAGUCAGCAUCUUUUAAAAACCACAGAAUGGCGCCAACUAUGUGAGCAACUCAACACCAUCUCAACUGUCCGGGUGUAUCGGAACAACUGGAAUGACACGUACGUAUCCGGGUUCAGAGAAGAUGUGCAUGAAGCAAUAAAAACGCUAACUACGUACCUAGAUGAUAACUGUAUCCGAGAAGAGCAAGUGAAAUGUUCUUCUAAGUUAGUCCGAAAAUAUCUCUCUGAGCUUCGUCAAGGUGACUUGUCUUCAAUUGAAGUUCAACUCAAGGACUAUGAAGUCAAGAUUCAAACAGGAAGAGGUGAUGAUGAAUUUGUCAUUGGGGGAAACAAAGAGGGGAUAAAACGAGCGAAAAGAAAGCUGCAAGCCCUCGCAGAUAGUACCGAAUGUGAGAUUUUUCACGUGAAACAGCCAGGACUUAAGAAACUUUUUGCCAGCGGAAACGGCGAUUCCCUUGUAGCAACUGUGGAAAAAGAUAACGCAUGCGUUAUCCAGGUCCAGAAACAAUUUGACGUGCAGACUCCUGUCAAAACAUCUGAUUCAUCAAACGACGAUGACGAUGAUAGUGGGGAAGAGGAUAUGGCGGCUGCAGCCAGCAGCGCUGACUCUUCCACUCUUGUCAUGGGAAGUGGGCACAAAAUUUCGUGGAAACCAGGAAACAUCGUAGCGCAGCAGGUCUGUUCGGUUUCUAAUUACUAAUAUAAACUAUAGAUUAUUUCCCUGGGCUGUUUGAAUUAAAAAAGGAUCGAAUUGUCCUCGGCUGUAAAAUAGACAAUUUCUCUUCUCAGUAUUGCCAAGUUUUCUGCUGAAAACGUAAAUGGAUUUUCUGAUUGUUGUGAAGGAGUAAUCAGUUAUCCGUAUUUAAGAAUAGCCCCCUCAUCGUACAUUAUUUCAUUCCCUGUCAGUAUAAAACCGACUACCAAUUUAUGAUCCAUCAUAGUCUUCAUAGACUAAAGCAAUUCAUUUAUCAUUUUUCUAUCCGAAAAAAGGAGUGGGUUUUCUUAAAUUAUAAUACUUUUUGUGUGGGGUUCACUUGCAGUUGAAGCCUGGAGUCCUUAGCCUUUUUCACUCGACGAGUAUCUGUAACUUUCCUGUCCUACUUUUUGUUAAGGAUCCAAAAUCCCCAACCUGUCCCAGACUUACUAUGAACUAGGAACGCCUGAUUCCUUACACGGCUCAUCAAUUUUCCAAUAGUGAUAUCCUAUUCUAGGGCAAAAUUAGUAACGCUAUCCCUGAGUAAUUUGCAUGAAAUUACAGUUGUACCCUUCAGAGCGACACAAAUCUAUUUAUCCCAAAUAUGGCAGUAACGUUUAUUGUAUUGUUUUUAGCUAAAACUUCCGUCUCUGUGACGUCCAGUCAUAAUUAGCCGUCGCCAAUCGCAACAGAUACAGUCGACUCCCGCGAAUUCGAACCUUCAGGGGAAAUAGAAAAAGGUUCGAGUUAUCGGGAGGUCGAGUUAUCGAGGGUAAAAUUACAUAGGAAAUGAUCUGAAGGGAAAUGAAAAUUGCUUCGAGUUAUAGAGGGUUCGAGUUACCGGGAGUAGACUGUAGAAGUAAUCCAGUGUACCUAAUUAAACGUGAAUGCUUACGUCGCUGCAUGUUAUUGGUAGCGUGGUAGUGCAAGGCUAAAGUAAAGACAGAUGCCCAAUCUUAAAUGAUAUCGCGGAGCUUUUUAGCCUUUAUGAACUCUCUUUGUUGUUUGACUUUAAUUGCAGGCCGACAUUCUGGUCAGUUCACAAGGUGCAUGCUCCCAGGCGAUUGUCAAUGCGGGUGGGCAGGCAAUGAGGCAAAACUUGGUAACUCCAAACGCUGGUGACGUCGCAGUUACUCCUGGAUAUAACCUGGCCUGUAACCACGUGAUCCAUACGAACUGUUCCAAGUGGCAUGGUGGAACGGGGGAGCAGGUAAGGGAUAAUUGGAACCCUAACUUAUUCUAAUGAGCAUUAUCAGGCAUCCUAUCCAAAAAGCCACAGAGCCCUCAAUUUUUGCGGUUAACACUCUUUGUGAAACAUGUCGAAGAAAAUUUUGGUCGACACGUAUCACAUUUGACAAUUUCACACCAGCUUAGAACUAGAUUUCCACCAUUUACCACUAACAAAACGCCAAGGAAACUGGGCCGAGUUAAUUUUCGCAAAGACUUCUGAGGGCUGUUAUCAGGGACAGCGAAAAAAUUGGCCCAUAGUUGACAGGUGUCUCCUUACAGUCCCCUUCUCGUUUCCAAAAUGGCGAAUAGAUAGUUGAGAUAAUGUUAAUCAAUCAACUCCUAAAGGGUUUUUUCAGCUUGUUUAUCCGUACAAAACCAAUUAUUGUCAAUCGUGCAGUCAAUGUUCAUGUUUUAUUCAAGGUCUUACGAGGCAUUAUCCAAAUGUGUCUUCAGAAGGCGGAUGAACUCGGAGGAGCAUCAAUAGUAUUUCCAAUCAUAGGCACUGGAAACCUCCACUUUCCUCAAGACGUAGCUUCCAGGAUCAUGUUGGAAGAAACCAUCAACUUUUGUCAAAAUAAUCCCUCAUCUGUGGUGAAAGAUAUUCGAUUCGCCGUGUUUCAGCAAGAUCAGGUACUAACCGCUAACUUUGCGCAAGAGUUUGAUAAAUUGCAAUCCAAGUACAGUGUUCGUCCUGGAUACACGAUGGGUGGUCUUUUAAGGCACCUACGGUCCAAAUUUGGAAGGGUCCAUCGGAACCCAGCAAGGCCAGCCGUCGGUAUUAGUGUGGACGUUUUGCAAGGAAAUUUGUGCCAGGAGGCAACAGAUGUCAUUGUUAACCUCAACAGCAAAGAUAUGAAUAUGGAUAGCGCCGGGGCAUUGAGCAAGGCGGUGAAACAGGCCGCUGGUCAAGUUGUUCAGGACGAGUGCUCUCAACUGGGACAUCAAACGGGUGGGUCAGUGGUGGUUACCAGUGGUGGAAAUCUAACGGCCCGUAAUAUCAUCCACUUGAUACCAGAUACUGCCGACAAAAAUCACUUGCAACAAUGCGUGGAAAAGUGCCUUGGUGUGGCAGAGACUCGUGGUUUUCAGUCCAUUUCAUUUCCAGCGGUAGGAACGGGAUCUUUUCACAUGUCAGCGGCUGAUUCAGCCAGCCUAAUAUUUCAAGCUCUCAGUAAUUUUAGUGCUCGUUUCAACGUCAUCAAAAAAGUUAGAAUCGUGGUGUUCCAAGGUCCUAUGCUUCAGGCAUUCCAACAAGAACAGCAGAAUCAUCCGCUGUAUUCUAAUCAGGGCCAUGUCUCUCAACCUCUAGCCAGGCAGGGCCUAGCCUUUCCACGUGUUGGUAGGCAGAGAGGCUUGAAUAUUAAAGUAGUAAGUGGUGAUUUAACAAAAGAGAACACAGACGCCAUUAUGAACAUUAACAGCACUGACAUGAACAUGAACAACGCUGGUGAUCUUAGCAAAGCUAUCUUAGCGGCUGGUGGCAUACAGAUCCAACAAGAAUGCAGUCAAUAUAGUAAUCAACCUGCUGGGACAGCGUUGAUGACUGGUAGCGGAAAUUUAGCAGUACGCCAUAUAAUCCAUAUUAUUCCAGGUACUGGUUGAGUUUUCUUUAUUUGAUGUUGUUAUACAGGAAAUAUGGCCUCCAAUAGACCAUGCAACGCAUCGUCUCCUCUCAAAAAUGAUAAAAUCUUCAAAAGAAAAAGACGAUUACGGCCUUUUCCUUAUCAACCACUGUCACAUUACCCAAAUAUACCUCAAUGCGGAAGUGGCGAAUUGUGAUGUAGCGAUAUUCUCCCACACUCUUCACGGUCAAUGUAACCGUUACAAAAGACUUUGCCUGCGGAGUAGGCUAUUGUCAGGGAUACUUAGGGAGAUCCAAACACUCCAGUUCGCGCGUGAAAUUGGGCCCCACGACAAAGUUGACACAGUAAGGGAAGACAGGACUAAUAGAAACCAAUGAGCUUCAAUUGUAAUCUCGUUUACUCCUAUCGCCAUUUGUUCGCCAACGAUGCAACAUUCCAAACCUUCAGUUUUCUUGCUGCUCUUUAGUGUAAAAUUCAACAAUAUUAUAUUAAUUUUUUGUUCAUUUAUUAAAUGUCAAACUUAUGUUCAUUUUUUUACUUGCAGCCUCCCAAGAUAAACAACAUCUUCAGACAUGUUUGGAAGCUGGCCUUCGUCUAGCAGAUCAAAAGAACCUUCAAACAAUAUCAAUUCCAUGCGUAGGCACUGGUGGAUUUGGUUUGACGGCAGCGGACUCGGCUCAGGUAACAUUCCAAGCUCUCAGCUCCUUAAGAGGAAGUUGUCAAAACCUUCGCAACGUGCGUGUCGUUGUCUUUCAAGCUCAAAUGGUUCAGGAAUUUUUGUUGGCGCAACAGAGACAGGCAAUGCAGGAUAUGGAUGAACAAGAGAGUGACUCCACUGCAGAUGAUGAAGUUGCUGAAAGACCCAGAAUUGCUAGGCAAAGAAAAAAUACCGCGACUAAUUCGAGUUCAACAGCUGAUCAUUCUGUGAAAAUCUUAGUGGUGGGAAAGGAUAAAGGAAGCGUCGGUAAAGCGGUAGGGGCUUUGAAGAAACGUUUCUCUGAAGCUUGCACUACUCAAAAAGUCGAAAAUGAAACCGUCAGCAAACUGUCACCAAAGCAGAUUAACAGUCUGAGAAGGAAAGCCAAAGAACUUGACGUCAAACUCGAAAUUGAGGUUGAUGUUGAUCGCAUUGUGGUGAAGGGUGGCCCAGUUGAAGUGCCAGGCAUGGUCGGGGAGAUUUGGCAGGAGAUUAACGAGAGAAAUAAGAAGAUACAGGAGGAGGAGCGGGCGAUGAUGGUUUCAAAGAGCGUAGAAUGGAGCUAUGAAAGACAAGGCAAGAAAAUGGUGUUUAGCCCGAAGGCAAACGGAAAGCUUGAGAUGGCGCACAUUAAAGAGCAACCCACAGUACAGAUAUCUCUGCUGGGAGAUAAAUUUGACAUUAAUUUGAAAAAUAAAACUGGCCGCGGACAGCAGAAUGGUGAAACAAUUACACUAUUCAGAAAGGUCAAGGGAGCUGAAGAAGGUUAGUACAUAAUUAACGGAUUUCAAGCGCGAAAAACCUGUAAACUAAGCUAUGCGAUAUACUGCUUGCAUAGAGAACAAAUGCUACAAUCAUUUCUGAAUUUGGUACCAGCAACAGAAUAGUCACCAAAGUCAAAGGACUAAGGUACUAGAUCGCGCCUACUCUUUUUACAGCCGAGAAUCAGACUAAACACACAAGGGGCAUCUGGUUAAGGAAAGCACAUACCAAAUCUUGGCGGAAAGGGCCGAUUAGCCCAUUAACCGAGAGGCGAGACCGUUUUGCACUGCAGAGAUCUGGGGCCACUGGCUGAUAUUUUCCUUCAACGCUUCUCGUGUCAACCAAAACCUCCACUUCCUUGAUUUUCACGGAUGUCCAAAACAAGUUAAUAAGGGGAUCCAGGUGAACUCCCAUGGGCCUUAUCCUUUUGGCUAUCUAAGUUUAAUAUCAAGAGUUCUAGUAGAUCUUUUUUUACAAUUCCACCAGAAAUUAUUAUAAAUAAAAAAGCCAAGGUUGCACAUUGCUACAGUGAAAUUUUGUAGAUUCUCUUCGAAUGACGGCCAACUGAUGAAAACUCCCUCAACCAGUAAUUGUACUUCUCCUAAAGCAAAGUGAAAUUGAAAGUACUGAUUCUUUCUCCCAAAGGAAUUUCUCUUCCGAGCACUUGGGCUCCAAUGCCACGCGCUGAUAUGGAAGUACAUACUGUGGCUCUCGUCCCGGGCUCCUCUGAGUAUCAAAAUGUCGUGAGCAAAUUUCAACAAACUGCUCGAGGAAUGCAUAUUCAGAAAAUCGAGCGAAUUCAGAAUCCUCAUCUUUACAAGCAGUACAUGGUACGAAAACAGAAAAUGGAUAAAGACAACGGAGGAAACAACGAACUACAUCUGUUCCAUGGAACCGACGCUAAAAAUAUACGUGCAAUAAACACACAAGGAUUCAACAGGAGUUUUUGUGGGGCGCAUGGUGAGUUACAACUCUUGAAAUGCACUGUGUACUUGAACACGAACUUUUUCGUCUACGGUAGAGGGACUCAUACUGUUUAUUUACAAUUCGGGUGGCGGGUUAUUGUUGCACGUUUAGUCAAGUGUCGUUACAUUUCGGGGGUAGUGUUUGCAUUACGUAUCUUAUUAUAAUUAUUAUAUCAUUUCAGGGUAAUGGUUGUGAUUGUUUAAUAGCUAUGUGAAAGACUUCUACACUUAAGUGUAAAUGGUAUAUAUAAAAAACAGCAAAAAAAAAAAGUUUCAUCUGUUCAAAUAUUAAUCAGACUGGUUCCUCCAACAGAGGCAAGUUGAAAAGUUGAAGGAAACAAGAUGAUAAGUCUUUUGAAGUUUUUCUAUUGCCAUGAAUGAAAGUGGCAUCACUGUCAUGUCUGUGAGAACGAUUGAAACAACAAAUAGAUAAGCAAAACGUUAAGAAGGAUCCUAAAGGAUUUAUGAAACUAGGCAACUUUACAAAGCCAGUUCUAAAAACAGCUGAAAAUAUAGUGCGAGAGAUUAGUUUCUCGUAAAAUAUCCUCGCUUUUCGAUCGCAUUAUUCUCUAGGAAGCAUGGUGGCUGAAUGCGCAAACAAUGCACCGUAAACUGACAAUAUUAGAAAAUUUUGAACUGUAGGUUUCCUUUUUCUCUCCGAUAAUCACCUGAGUAAUUAUACUAAAGCGAUUAUUCACCUCAGGCUCAGUUAACAUUGUUGAAUAGUGUAAGGCCUCUUCAUAUGAGCCCGAUUGACCGAGCUGACCCGGUUUCCGAGAUCUCGCCUCACCUCUAAAUCCUUUGUAAAAUUUUCGAUAUGUUCAUAUGAGAGGGUGGGCUGGCUCGGUUACCGAGAUCUCGGUUUUUCCAACCGCGAUCUCGGUAAGCGGGCUGGAAAUUUUGCCAUAUGAACACUUCAUCCCGGUUACAGGGAUGAAUGGCGGGAUGAAUUCUGGCGGUCCGGAUGGCAUCGUCUUGCAUUGCCAGCUGUAUUUUCCACAUCAUAAGCAUCCCAUUUAACUGCAGUGAUACAGCUUUAAGAAUUACCGAUGGUAAGAUAGGCGCGAAAGUUAUGUUUGCUUUGUUUCCCGAAUUUGGCACCAGAACUCUUUCUCAGGAUCUUUGACCUUUUCUCAUCUCGGAAACCGAGCUGAAAUUUCUCAUAUGAACCCAAGGCAAAAUUCAUCCCGGUAACCUAGCCAGCCUGGUCAACCGGGCUCAUAUGAAGAGGCCCUAAGGGGAAUAUUGAACAAUAUUACUCAUUCUCCCGGCUAAUUCCUCAUAACCAGCUAGCGUAGACCAAAUUUGGAAGACGUUUGCGAUAUCCGCAGCAUUAAAAUGACGGCAAACUGAAAAGCAGGAUAUAACUGCAGGAAAAAGGACAGCUUUCGAGAACACCUUGGGUCGAGACUGCGUUUCUUAGCUCAGCUUUUUUAAGGUAGAGUUGGAGGAAAUGAAGAUAAAUUCCUUUCUUUUUGCGAAGAUGUGCUCCGUAAACUUUUGCCUGAAAACAUAGCAAGAACCAGCAAGAUCAGGUGUAUCGGCAUUCCAAGGUGGUGGGAUUGUAUUCAGUAUCGUUUGGUGCGGGAAACAGUCAUACAAUCUUCGAAAGCUUCUGGAGUCUCUGAUAUUAAAUAAUUAAUCUAUUCUGUGACGUAUUAAAAAAUGCGAUAGUGCACAAUUAGGAAUUUAUAGAGUUAAUAAGCAAAAUUAAGAAAAAAGUUACUGAGAUCGGUCAAAAACUAAUUGAUACUGAGAAAUGACCAAACUUUUAACUAACAGUUGAUAAAUGGCCGAAAAUUUACAGUAACGGGUAACUGAGAUUCCAUUACCCCCGUCUAGACCCUAUUCUACAAUUUGGGGUAGUUAGCAUUUUGGCUCUUAGUUGAAGACAUCAUAAAAACCUAAACUAUCAUGGUUAGGAUUGACUGUUGACGAAAGGCUGACUGCUACCAUUAUUUUUUUUUCUUCCAGGAACUGCCUAUGGACGCGGUGUGUAUUUUGCCAGAGACGCUUCUUACUCAGUUGGAUAUGCAGGGGGUGGGAGCGGGGGUCGCUUUAUGUACCUUGCCAGGGUUCUGGUUGGGAAAUAUUGUACAGGAAACCCCAGUAUGAUCGUGCCUCCACCUAAGAACCCUUCCAGACCAGAGAUCUUGUACGAGUCAGUGGUUAAUAACCCAGGAAACCCUUCCAUUUUCGUUGUUUUCUUCGACACUCAAUGCUACCCUGAAUACCUCAUAACCUUUUAA